AAAUAACACACUGUAUAGCCUACUUUCUUCCUCCGAAAGUAAUCACACACUUUCGGGGGGGAGGGUUUCAAUAAUAUUUACACGCCUCCCCUCCCCCUAUGGUUCCCACAGAGACUAGCGUUUUGCCCGGCUGGCGAUAGCCAGCUUCUUUCUGUGUCAUGGUGUCAUGCAUUUGAGCUUUAAACGCGCUUUUACUUUUAAUAAUGCGGCGUUACAUCCGUGCUCUCAUCCUGUGCAUGGUGUUCGCUGUGUUCUCGGCAUUGUACGUGUAUAGCAAACUAUUUUACGCGGAUCUCUCGGUCGGAGGAGGGGGUGGGAGGAAUGUCCUCCAACGAGCCGCGGCCGCCCCAAACCCGAGGGACAGUGGACAUGGAAGCAGGCGAGGGCCGGACAAGAAAGGCCCAGCCGAUCAACACUGGUACAAUAGGUACAUCAUGAGGAAGGCGGAGGGUCAUGCUGGCGUUGUGGGAGGGGCUGUACCUGAGCAGAUGCACCUGGCUGUGGUGACAUGUGGCCAGAGGCUGGAAGAGACUCUCACCAUGCUGAAGUCCGCUGUGAUGUUCAGCAUCAAACCGCUCCGCCUGCACAUCUUCGCCGAUGACCAGCUGCAUGCCAGCUUCAUCCGUGUCCUGGAGUCGUGGCCGGGGUCGUUGCGCCCCAGGUUCAGUUACUCUGUGUACCCCAUCACCUUUCCUCGGCGGAACGCUGGGGAGUGGAAGAAGCUCUUCAAACUGUGCGCUUCCCAGAGACUCUUCCUCCCGGGCGAGCUCCUUUGUAAGAUUCCAUUUUCCGUGGGGCUGAUGUGGCUGAUCCUGAAGGAGCUGGACUCACUGGUCUAUGUGGACUCGGACAUCUUGUUCCUCCAGCCGGUGGACGCACUGUGGUCCCUGCUGGCUCACUUCAAUGACACCCAGCUGGCCGCCAUGGCGCCGGAGCACGAGGAACCGCGCAUCGCCUGGUACAACCGCUUCGCCCGCCACCCCUACUACGGCCGGACUGGCGUCAACUCCGGGGUCAUGCUGAUGAAUGUGACUCGCAUCAGGGCCACCUACUUCAGGAAUGACAUGACGUCUGUUGGUCUGAGGUGGGAGGAGCUACUCAUGCCCCUACUGCAGAAAUAUAAACUAAACAUCACCUGGGGAGAUCAGGACCUACUCAACAUUAUCUUUCACCACAACCCUGAGUGCCUGUUGGAGAUACCGUGCCACUGGAACUAUCGUCCUGACCACUGCAUCUACGGCAGCAAUUGUGUUUCGGCCGAGGAGGAAGGUGUCUUUGUCCUCCACGGGAACCGAGGCGUGUACCACGACCUCAAACAGCCGGCCUUCAGGGCGGUCUACGAUGCUAUACGCCAGUACUCGUUUGGGGAGGACCCCGUGGGCUCUCUGCUGAUGCCACUGGAAGAGGAGCUCCUGAAGACCACCAGUACAUACUGCAGUAAAUCCCACGUUCUGUUUACGAAGAGACUGUCUCAUAGCCUGGCCAACGUCAACAGAGAUCCUAACAAGGGGCCGCCACACGGAGGGUAGCCUGGUUCCUGCUCGUCAGGGCGUUUUUUCCCCCAGACUUCCUCCUCUAGAUGUUACCCAUCCAAUGAAUUUAGUGUCUCCGUCACAGUGGGCGAAGCGUGAAGGGGAUUCACCCUGGUGCGCAACAGCGCAUGAUGUUUGUCGGUGGGAAACUACGACGAGGGUUUCCCUUCGGACAGCUUCCAAAUCCCAUGAUGGACUCCCGGGCCCUCGGGUCAUCCUGAGGGCCGUCCGCGGUCAGACCCGUGGCUGGGAGAGGCCAAAAUAGACAUCAGUGGAUAAUGACUUUGAAUGCAGAUGACUUUGAACUGGCAUCGACGCCAAUCCAUCUUCCUCAUCCUUGUGUGGUGCUUCGUCAUCUACGCGCCGUCAGCGAUGUUUGGCACUUCCCAUGCUGGAGGAGCACUGCUGUUAUAGAGAUGUGUGCCGUGUCUUAGAUACUCAUCCAUAUUGGAGAAUUGUAUUUUACAGCCGCAAAAACACUAAAUCAUAGAUGGAGCAGUCGCAGUGAGCUUAAUGGUACCACUCGUACUGAAAAACAACUACUCCAAGCAUUCUGGGUAAUGUUAGAAAUGUUAAGGGGGGUCACGGACUAAGGGUUGGUCCUGUGGAUUUGUAGAUAAAACACGUUUUUAAAUGCACUUUUUCCAGUGCUGGUCUUACCCCUUCACAUUAAAAGGUCUGGAACGAAUAGAAAUGCAGCUAAGAUUGGACACUGUACUGCUUUACAUUCAACAGUCACAUGUUUAAUAUCCAGGAGCAUUCUUCCUAUUGUUUAGGAGGACUAUUGACCAGAAACUGUUACACAACAAUCAUCAUAUUCUGUGUUUCAUGCAUUUGAUGAAAUACAGUACCUCUGGAAUUACUGAUGCCAUUUGUGUAUUUGCACUAACAGUUUUUCUUUGUAUAUUUUAUUUUUUAUAAAAUAAUAGAAUGUGAUAUUUUGGCUAGUUCUGUCCAUGAAACAUGCCAGAGAAUUGUCUUGGUUAGAAUAUUGCAGAAAGAAAGAAAAAAAAUCACAGUUUUUUAGUUUUCAAUUGUUGGUGAAAUAUUGUUUGGUGUUGUACAUAUUACAAAUAAGUGGUUGUUGAUCGCUAUUGCCAAAGUUAUAUUAUUCGGAACCUUCUAUGAACACCUACUCAUGCUUUAGGUUCAGUUUCCAUUAUCAGUGUAUUCGUCUCAUGUCAUUACACUGUGUUUGUCACAUU